CAGAGCAUGUUUUUCAGCUUUCAGACUGCAUUUUCCAGAUUUCAGCAAUAGUUUCCAGAUUUUCCAGAUUAGUUCAUAGCCUUAGCCUAGAGGCGUCUAGAGCCAUGCCAUCGAGAAAGAGCAAAGAUAAAGAGGUUCAGCCAGCCCAAGCUGAGCAUGCAGAUGACAGUCCACUCCACUCUGAGGGUGAAAAUGAUCCCAUUACUUUUCUCCCAGUGUCACCUCUGACAGAACGGUCCUAUGGGAAUCCAGUAUUUAAGGAGAAAGAAGCAGACCGUGGGGGUGACUUUGCUGAAUCAAGUAAUGUGUUUAGAGGUAUGACUGAACGUCUGGAGUUAGCAUUCAAAGAACAGAACCAAGCUAUGCGGAGACUUGUUGAGAGUCAAGCAGAAUCCUCUAGACGUCAGGAAGAGACAAUUAGACAAUGUAUGAAAGACCUGAAAUGGGUCUUUGAAGAAAGCACUAAGCCCAGACUUGAGGUCCCUCCUCCAGUCGUUGAAAUACCUAGACAGAUUCAGGAAGCCCCAAUCCCAGCACUCUGGGGGAAAGGGAAUCAGCCUCAUCCUAACAUUCAACUGCAGAAUUUCUUCAUGGGUGAAGGGCAAAGACAGCAUGAACCAAAGGAAGUUGCUGCUCUUGUUGCAGACCAUGACUAUCAACCUCAGCACAAGUAUAUUUCGCCAAGUAGAAGGGGAAAUAAUCAACCAGCUCAAUUAUUCAAUAGAGAUCAGCUAAUAGAUCUGGUACAGGAAACCUAUGGACCAGCCUUGAGACCAUUGGUAUGUCUAGCCUACAAGAAGCCUUAUCCAGACGUCAUUGAUCAUGAAAAUCCUUUUCCAAGGGGUUUUAAAGUGCCUGAGUUCACUUUAUUUUCUGGUGAGCCCUUACUUGGUACCUUAAUCUGCCUCAAAAUUCAAUAUUCUCUUGGAGGCAAAUGGAGGACUUGUUUCAUACUCAAUUUUAUCAUUGUGAACCAGAAGUGUCUAUGGCAAACUUGUCGAGGAUUUUUCAAGCUAGCUCAGAAUGGUUUGAACAUUGAGCGCCGAAAGAAAUUUGAGGGGAUGGAAUUUCGAGACUUCUAUGAAUUGUCUUAUAAAGUGGCUCGGUAUGAAAAUCUGUUGAAAGAAGAUGUUCAAAAGAAAGCUGCAUCACAUAGAACCUAUUAUAGUGACCGUAAUUUUGAUCUUGAUAUGGCUGAGGUGGUUACAGACAAGCCUGUUGUUGUCCAGACCUUGUCAAACCAACUCACCAACCUGAGACAAAAGAUUGAUAAGGGUAUCUUGAAAUAUCCAGACAAAGCGAAGGAAACUAUGGGAGUAGAUGCAGACCCUUUUCCAGCUGUGUCUGUCGGCGUGAAUUUUGCAGACCUUAGGAGUCUUGCUAGAAAUCGUAGUCUGCCUUAUGCUCAAAGGAACCUUGUUGCCGAAGACUUGACGUGGGUCAUUGAGGCGCAAAGGUCCAGACAUAGCAAGAGUGUCAGGUCAGACCGGCAGAGGCUCAAGGGGCAAGGAAGGAUCAUUGUGACUAGGAACUUCAGCCCAAAAGGUGCCAAACAUCACUCAACUGGUACUAGAUCUCCAAGAAUGGUUAAACCACCACUCAGAUCACCUUUCAGACGAUGGGAGAAAGUCAAUCAUCUAAAGUUUCCAACCAAGAAUCCCAGAACCUUGGGCACAAACUGCAACGCAAAAGGGCUGAAGAGCAGAAAAGGCAAUAGAAGCAGGUGGAGGCUGAGGGUAGUUCAUCUCGCAGACCACGCCAACUUACCAAAAGGAACAUGGUUGCUAACAUUACCCUUGGUUUUCCAAGCCAAGAAGGAGGAGGAACCAAUUGUCUGUGAGUUCCCAAAACAGACAGAAGAAGAGGCAAUCAUUGUUCCAGCCCAGGAUGAUGAAGAGGAGGACAUGACUGACAAAAUAGUGUUUGAAAAACCAGAAGAAAAGAUGGUCAGACACAUUAGGCUACUUUAUAUCAAUGCUCACAUGGAAGGGACUCCAAUUAAUCAUGUCUUGGUGGAUAAUGGAGUUGCAGUCAAUGUCCUUCCAACUUGCAUGCUUUACAAAAUAGGCAAGUCUCUUGAUGAUUUAGUGCAUAUUGAGGUUACAAUUAGUGAUUUUAUAGGAGGGGUGAAUCGUUUAAGAGGGGUGUUGCCUGUUGAAUUAACAAUGGAAAAUAAGACACUGAUGUCUGCGUUUUUUGUGGUGGAUACUGUUAUUACUUACAAUGCACUUUUGGGGCAUGACUGGAUUCAUUCAAGUUGGUCUGAAAUUGUUCAUGAAGGCGAGGAGGCAGACCAGGGUGAUGAAAUAACUUUGGAAGAGCUGGAUCUUGCCCCAGCCAAGUUGGACGAUCUAAAAGUUGAAGUUCAAGACCCACUAGAGGAGAUUAAUCUUGGGUCUGAAAAAGGAUUCAGACUAUAUAAACAGCGGCCCAAACGCAUGUCUGCAGAGGUCACCUUGAAGGUGAAAGAAGAAAUUGAGCGGUUGGUAAAAGCUGGAUUCAUUUGGAUAGGCAGGUAUGCUGAAUGGUUGUCAAAUGUAGUGCCGGUACUGAAAAAGAAUGGAAAAUUAGGAGUCUAUGUUGAUUUUCAAAACUUGAAUUUAGCUACACCAAAGGAUGAGUAUCCUAUGCCAAUUGCAGACUUGUUGAUUGAUGAAGUAGCCCGUCAUAAAAUUUUAUCCUUCAUGGAUGGCCAUAGCGGAGCCAUGAAUGCAAUUUUUCAUGAUAUGAUUGGUAAGUUCAUGGAAAUCUAUAUUGAUGAUGUUGUGGUGAAGUCACAUGGGGAAGAAGACCACCUGGUCCAUUUGAGGAAGGCGUUUGAGCGGAUGAGGCAACAUGGCUUGAAAAUGAACCCACUAAAGUGUGCCUUUGGAGUGUCUGCAAGUAACUUUCUUGGGUACUUGGUGCAUGAGUGUGGUCUGGAGGUUGACAAGAAAUCCAAGGCUAUGAUUGAGGCAAAACCACCACAGAACAAAAAGGAGUUGCAGAGAUUUCUUGGCCAAGUUAAUUUCUUAAAACGAUUCAUUUCUAACUUGGCUGGGAAAACCAGAGUCUUUUCUCCUCUAUUGAAACUCAAGUAUGAGCUGGAUUUCGAUUGCACAGAUAAUCAAGCAGAAUAUGAAACUUUGAUUAUUGGUCUUGAGAUGUUGGUGGAGCUUAAAGUUUCCAUGGUUGAGUUUAUAGAGGACUCACAACUAGUCUUGAAGCAAUUGUCUGGCUGGGCUAUUAACUUGAUUGGUAAGGUGUACCCUCCUUCAUCAAAAGGUCAUUCAUUUAUUAUAGUGGCAAUGGAUUAUUUUAUCAAAUGGGUGGAAGCUAAACCAAUGAAGAAGGUAGAUCAAUCUGAUGUAAUCAAGUUCAUCAAAGAGGACAUUAUUCACAGAUUUGGUCUGUCAGAAACAAUUACAACAAACCAAGGCAUAGUUUUUGUCAGCCAUCAAGUGGAGGCAUUUGCAAAGAAAAUGAGUUUCCGUCUGUUAAAUUUUCCUCCUCAUUAUGCACAAGCUAAUGGGCAAGCUGAGGCUUCUAACAAGGUGGUGAUUAAUUUGCUUGAAAAAAUGGUGGAUGACAACCCCAGACGCUGGCAUGAAUUAUUGUCUAAAACAAUGUGGGCUUAUAGAACUUCACAAAAAAGUUCAACCAAAAUGACAACUUUUGCCUUGACAUAUGGCCACGAUACAAUCUUGCCAAUGAAAUUAACAGCCAGAUCUUUAAGAAUAGCGAUUCAGCAUAAUCUCCAGUCUGGGGAAUAUGAUGAGGCCAUGAUGCUUAAGCUUGAGGAACUUGAAGACACACGUUUGACAGCUUUGGAUAGAUUGCAAGCUCAAAAGCUCAAAAUUGCAAAGUCUUACAACAAGAGAGUGAAAGGUAAAAAUUUGAUAGUUGGUGACUUAGUCUAGAAAGCAAUUUUGCCUCUUGGCAAGAAAGAUCACAGAUUUGGGAAGUGAUCCCCAAAUUGGGAAGGACCAUUCUGAAUUCAUGAAGUGUUGAGAGGGGGUGCUUAUUGGUUAGAGUCACUUGAUGGAGAGCUUCAUUCUAGAAAAAUCAAUGGAAUUUAUCUCA